AUGUGUGACUGUAUACAAAGUACCCAGGAGCAGGCUCUCCACUUGGAAGGGGAUCUCAAUCCUUCUACAGUCCCAAUGUCUGCUUUAGCAUUUAAGAAAAUGCCCAAAAGUAUUUCAAUAUCCAAAUAACUGGCUUCAAUAAAAGCUGUCAUGAAGGGCUCAGAUCUGGAGAAAGCUAUUGCUAUCAACUGCUCUGAUUUUCAGAAGUUCUCUGACCCCAAUGGUAAACUUGAAAAAGCUACUGCCAAAAAUCUUCUACAAACCCAAUUUAGGAAUUUCACAGAGAGACAAGAAACCAACCCAAAAUACAAAGACCUUCUUUCUGAAUUUGAUGAGCAUACAGAAAAUAAGCUUGAUUUUGAGGAUUUCAUGGUCUUAUUGUUAAGUAUCACUAUAAUGUCAGAUUUGCUACAAAAUAUAUGGAAUGUAAAAUGA